AUGGAUCCAUUAUUAACUGAAAACAUCCAUGGUACUAUUUACAGAGUAUCUGGACCAUUGGUUAUUGCCAGCGAUAUGCCUGGAACAAAGAUGUUUGAAUUGGUUCGAGUCGGCCAUAAUAAUAUUAUUGGAGAGAUUAUACAAAUAGAAGGAAAUUCCAAUACAGGAAAGCCUUUAUCGGUAGAGCUAGGUCCUGGACUGUUGGAUUCUGUAUUCGAUGGCACACAGAGACCAUUAAUUAAAAUUAGAGACACAUUUCAAAAAUAUUAUGUUCCCGUCGGUGUAAAUCUCCCACCUCUUGAUAGGAAUAAAUUGUGGAAAUAUCAGCCGUCAUUAAACUUUAGCGUAGGUGACCUGAUUACAGGCGGCGAUAUAUUUGGAACGGUAUACGAAACGGAAAUAUUUCCAAACCAUCAUAUAAUGUUGCCUCCAAACUUAAACGGACGUAUAACCUUCAUGGCACCGGCCGGCGAAUACACAGUCGAGGAGAAGUUGCUUGAAAUUGACUACUUGGAUAAAAAAAUUACAUGUAACAUGAUACAAAUAUGGCCCGUUAGGCAACCAAGACCAAUAUUAAAAAAAAUACAAGGACGCGAGCCACUGUUAACAGGCCAACGCGUCUUAGACUCACUUUUUCCGUCGGUUAAAGGUGGCACCUGCGCAAUUCCAGGAGCAUUUGGAUGUGGCAAAACAUGUAUAUCUCAUGCUUUAGCCAAGUACAGUAACACUGAUGUCACAGUGUAUGUUGGAUGCGGAGAACGUGGUAACGAAAUUGCAGAAGUUCUGAAGGAGUUCCCACACCUGACGACCAAGUUUAACGGAAAAGAUGUUCCAAUCAUGGGAAGAACCUGCCUCGUUGCAAACACUUCAAACAUGCCUGUCGCAGCAAGAGAAGCGAGCAUAUACACAGGAAUUACAAUAUCCGAGUACUUUAGAGACAUGGGAUUUAACGCAUGUAUGAUGGCAGAUUCAACAAGCAGAUGGGCAGAGGCACUGAGGGAGAUAUCAGGACGUCUGGGAGAGAUGCCAGCAGACUCUGGCUACCCAGCAUAUUUAUCAUCGAGACUGUCAGCAUUCUACGAGAGAGCAGGUGUUGCGCAAUGUCUAGGCUCAUCGGAUAGAACCGGUUCUGUAACAAUAGUUGGAGCAAUAUCGCCACCAGGAGGAGACUUCUCGGACCCAGUAACAGCAGCGACGAUGUCGAUCGUGCACGUCUUUUGGGGACUCGAUAAGAAGUUGGCACAGAGAAAGCACUUCCCAUCAGUCAACUGGACAAGCUCAUUUACAAAAUACGAUAAGCUGCUAGAAACAUAUUUUGAAGAUAAAAUGCCAAAGUUCGGAUACCUGGUGGAAAUGUUUAAGUCCUUGUUGCAGAAAGAGUCUGAGCUGUCGGAGAUAGUGCAGCUGGUGGGAAAGGACUCGCUGUCUGAAGAUCAGAAGCUGUGUCUGGAGAUAGCGAAGAUGAUAAGAGAGGACUUUCUACAGCAAAAUUCAUUCACAGACUACGACUUCAAGUGCCCACUCUAUAAGACCUUUGGGAUGAUGGAGACGCUGGUGACACUGUACAACGAAAGCCUAAAGGUUAUAACGGAAACCAAUAAGAAGGGGAACCCCGUUACAUGGAGUACAAUUUACAACCUCAUGAGGGACACAAUCAACAAGAUCACGAGACUGAAGUUCACGGACCCAAGGUUGGAAGAUGAAGAGUACGUGAAGAUGUUCAAAGAGUUGAAUGAGGAGGUCGUAUCUGGCCUAAGAUCGAUGCUCGAUGUGUAA